GCGAUCCGGGCACGGAGAGAAACCCCAAAGUCAGCGCGCGUUUCAGAUCCCUGCAACGCGAUGGCCUCUGGCGAGAAAUAAACCCUUCUCGGAAACCCCUGCCUGCACGAUAGACGGGAGCACGCGCUCAUCCGUUUAAACACCCGUCUCGGCACUGGUGCUUAAGAUGCUCUGAAAUGGUUUUCCCCUGUGUCACUGAGGGUUACGGCCGUGUUCACAGGAAUAAAUCGCUGCCGAGUUCCAGCGUCUGCUGUGCACAGCUGCAAGAGUAUAUUGGAAGCCUGGAUGUGCCGCGGCCGAACAGCAGGGUGGAGAUUGUGACAGCAAUGCGGCGGAUCCGGUACGAGUUUAAAGCCAAGAACAUCAAGAAGAAGAAAGUGAGUCUCAUCGUCUCGGUGGACGGCGUGAAGGUCAUUCUGAAGAAGAAGAAGAAGCACUGGACGUGGCCUUGUCGCUCUCCUGGGCACUGUAGAUGAUACAUGCAUUGCAGACCGUAUUCUCCCCCUCCUGUCUGUCCUUGCAGGAUAUUCUACGUGUCCCAUGACUCCCAGGAUCUAAAGAUCUUCAGCUAUAUUGCCAGGGAUGGGUCUAGCAAUGUCUUCAGGUGUAACGUCUUCAAGUCCAAGAAGAAGAGCCAAGCCAUGCGCAUCGUCCGGACGGUGGGGCAGGCGUUCGAAGUCUGCCACAAGCUGAGCCUCCAGCACACCCAGCAAAACGCGGACGGGCAGGAGGACGGCGACAGCCAGAGGAACGGGGACGACCUGGACGUCCCAGGUACCGUGCCGCUGCAGAGGGGCAGCGCGCCAGGCCCUGGGGCCUGGGCUCCUUGCAGGCGUUGGGAGCUGGCAGACACGGUCUGCAGAUUUGCCCUCUUUCCACGAAUUUUCCUGGGCUCUAACCUAAUUCGCCUUGGCCAUAGGAUAAGCUGUUCUACUGCCGGAGGCUUUGUCCUUGAUGCAACUGAAAAAUACUGUUUCCAAAGUUUUUCAGCAGCCCUCCUCCCAGCUCCAGCAGCCAGGGCUGGCGAGACGUCCUGCUGCCCCUUGCAGCAGGGUGGCGUGGGGCGCGCACGGGGUCACCCUCUCGACGUUGAUGUUUUGCAGGGCUGCCUCCACCCAGAAAGUAUCCUGACGGCGUCGCCCAAAAUGCUGCUGCCUUCGUCUGCCCAGCUGCCCGACCUGGGGACGCCGCUCUCGGCCCACCACCAAAUGCAGCUCCUGCAGCAGCUCCUGCAGCAGCAGCAGCAGCAGACACAAGGGGCCGGGGCACAGGGGCGGGGCCGGGGCCCGCGCCCCCCGGAGCCGCUCCUGGGCAGCCUGGAGCUCAUCAAGUUCCGCGAGUCGGGCAUCGCCUCCGAGUACGAGUCCAACACGGACGAGAGCGAGGAGCGUGACUCGUGGUCCCAAGAGGAACCGCCACGCCUGCUCAACGUCCAGCCCAGGCAGGACCUGGGCGACAGCCUGGAGGACGAGAUCGCAGUGUAGGGACGGUGGGAGGUGGUGGUGUGGAGCAACCGGGACCCCUGGCCCCGGUCUCUCCUGCUGCAGAGAUGCUGCCUGACCUGGCCGCGAGGCAACGCCAGGUUGCUCUCUCCCCAGCUCGUGGCACGUGCCAGGUCCUGGCGCAGGGAGCCUUGCGGAGCCCCAACUUUAGGGAGACGGGGAUGUGCCCGAGUACUGCAGGGGUCCCUCUGGUAGGACAGCAGGCUCGUGGCAGCCCUGCCGGGAGCAGGGCACAGAGCUCCUCCUUCCCUUGGCCGCGCACCCCUGCUGUCAGCUGCGUUGUCCCGAGCUCAGCCAGGCCUCAGCACCUUCUGCUUUGCCCCAGGCUCCACAGCACGCGGCUGGGAAACCUGAGGAGAAGGGGAUGGAGCAGCUCUCUGUGCGGUGACUGGCAGCGGCUGGUCGCGUCCCAGCGGGGCCCCUGGCUCCGGGGAGGAUGGUGAGCGGGAACGCGGGGCAGCUUGCGUCCGGCAGCUUGGCG